AUGAUAUCUACUGAUGUUAAACUGCCAUAUUUUGAACCUGUUAUACUUAUCCAGAAAAAGUGGAACACCACUCAUUCAUCAAAACUUUCCAACUGUAUGAUGCUGAAUGUGAUAGAGAAUGAAAAGUUCCAACCAUCCCAAAGUGGGGAACAGGAAGGAUACGUAGGAAGAAUAAUAGAUAUAUUCUUCAACAAAGAAAUGCACUUUAAAUGUUUCUGUUGUUUUCUUUGUCAGAAAGAGCAAUCCGAGAUACAGAAUGGCAAGGACAAGAAGAAAAGGGACUAUCCAUGGGAAAUAUACACCUUGAAGGAGUUGCUCCGUGCAACAAACAAUUUUCAUCAAGAUAACAAGAUAGGAGAGGGUGGAUUUGGAAGUGUUUAUUGGGGUCGAACAAGUAAAGGCGUCGAGAUCGCAGUGAAGCGGUUGAAGACCAUGACUGCAAAGGCAGAGAUGGAAUUUGCAGUGGAAGUGGAAGUACUUGGAAGGGUGAGGCAUAAGAAUUUGUUGGGGUUGCGUGGAUUCUAUGCAGGAGGUGAUGAAAGGUUGAUUGUGUACGAUUACAUGCCUAAUCACAGUUUGCUCACCCAUUUGCAUGGUCAACUUGCCACCAAUUGUUGGCUAGAUUGGUCAAGAAGAAUGAGCAUAGCAAUUGGAGCAGCUGAAGGCUUAGCGUAUUUGCACCAUGAGGCCAAUCCUCACAUCAUUCAUAGAGACAUAAAGGCAAGCAAUGUUCUUUUGGACUCUGAGUUUCAUGCCAAGGUUGCUGAUUUUGGCUUUGCUAAGUUGAUACCAGAGGGUGUAAGCCAUCUCACAACAAGGGUUAAAGGCACCCUUGGAUAUUUGGCGCCUGAAUAUGCGAUGUGGGGGAAGGUUUCUGAGAGCUGCGAUGUUUAUAGUUUUGGGAUUUUGCUUUUGGAGAUCGUGAGUGGCAAGAAACCAAUUGAGAAGCUCGCUGGAGGCGUGAAAAGGGAUAUAGUUCAGUGGGUUACACCGUAUGUUCAAAAGGGUAACUUCACUCGUAUUUCUGAUUCAAAGUUAAACGGAAGAUUUGAUUUAGAGCAGUUGAAAUCUGUCAUCAUGAUAGCUAUGAGGUGUACAGAUAGUAGUCCAGAAAAAAGGCCUAACAUGGUAGAAGUGGUGGAGUGGCUCAAGGGUGGCAUAGGGAGGAGGAAAAAAGAUAUUCCAAAUUUAAGUUACAUGAUUGGAGAUGAUGAUAAAUAUGAACAAAACUAUGGAGAGAUUAAAAGAACAAAAUCCAAGUUGAAAAUACCAAGUGAUAAUGAUCAACUCAAAAUAAGGAAGUGA